CAACAGCCCUCUGAGCAGAACCCCAUAUAUCUGCCUAGCGACUCUGAGCACGACUGGCUGCUAGCCAAGAUGUUUGUGAGGAACGCGGAUUUCAUUGAACACCAGAAUAGCUACCAUCUGCUGGGCACUCAUUUACUGGCUGAGGCCUUUGCCAUGGCAACCCUCCGGAGCCUUCCUAUCAUGCACCCUCUCCACAAGUUGCUGAUUCCCCACUUCCGUUAUACCUUUCCGGUAAACACCAUUAGCCGUGAAAUACUUUUUGGACCUGAAGAAGGCUUAACUAAGGUAUUUAAAUACAGAAAAGGUAUACACAGCUUAAAAGCUAAUUCAAUAGACAUUGCUACCCUAACGAUAACAAAUGCAUAUUUUAUUGAAGUGUCCCAAAAAAUUACAAAAAAGCGAACAUUUAUCCAGGACACCACUUUAGGACUGGAGGGGUUGAAGGAACUCUUGAAAAGGGCACACUCAGAAAUCACCUACAGCUCCCUCUGUCUGCCGGAGAACAUUGUUGCACGAGGACUGGAGUCCAUCCCCAACUUCUACUACAGGGAGGACGGCCUGAAGCUGUGGAACGUCAUCAACAGCUUUGUCCAGGGGAUGGUGGAGCACUUCUACUCCUCUGACAGUGAAGUGUCCAGGGACUCUGAGCUUCAGGACUGGAUCAACGAGAUCUUCAUCCAUGGGUUCCUUGGAAACGGAAAGUCAGGAAUCCCUCAACGAUUUGACACAGUGAAGGAGGUCAUCAAAUUCAUCACCAUGGUGAUCUUCACUGUGUCAGCACAACAUUCCGCUGUCAGCAUGGGACAAUUUGACUACUGCAGCUGGGUACCCAACAGCCCCAUAUUUCUUUGCAAAGCUCCUCCCACCACUAAGGGGUGCUCUAGCAUGAGCACCAUUUUUGAGACACUGCCAGAUGUCGGCUCAACAGUGAGGGGAAUGGCUUCCAUAUGGCUGCUCAGCAAGAAAUACUCAGACUUUAUCCCCCUUGGCUCAUACCCAAAUCAAUACUUUGACGAGACUGAUGGAUACUUUGACGUGACCAAGCAGAUGAUGAAGCACUUUCAGGCAGAGUUAUCCUACCUCAGUGAGUCAAUCACUGAGAGGAAUUCCACAUUUACACCAUCUUAUAACUACCUGAACCCUGCCGAGAUGGAGAAUAGCGUAUCUAUGUGAGCUGGUUCAUGUUACCAUAAUGAUUGAGCAUGCAAAGAUGCUUGCAAGCCCUGUAGUACAGGGCGUAGUAGUGUGUCCAAGGAAUAUAGUAUACCCUGCUGCCAAUGACCAGAGCUAUGCAAAUCUGUUACUAAUUAUGAGCAUUCAAGUGAACAUUUUAUUUAACCUUUGGAAAGAUGGAGAAUGUAAAUAGACUCCAUCUUGUCUUCUUUGAUCUCAAUGACCAUGUUUUAUUGCACUUCCUCUCAAGUUAACAUGUGGUAGUGAGCAGCUUUAUGUACUUUUAAUUAUCAAAUAAAUUAAAGUUUGUCUGAUUCACUGAAGCGCUAUGGUGCUGAUAAAAAAACAAAGAGCUAGACAAACACAAGGAAGAUCAUGAAAGGUGAUAUUGAAGAUUCAUUUUAUUAAACAGCAACAAAAUCA